UCCAAUUCGGAGAAAGCCAAAAGAGAGAACAAGGCAAUAAAAAGAAGCCACCGUCGCUACAAAAAGUCGCGAUUUUUAUUUUCUCUAUCCCAACUGCUCUCUACCUUUCCUCGAAAAUUCCUUCAAAACCCAAUUCUCAAGCCUUCUUCUUCGUCGUACCUGAAAAUUCUACAAUCUCUGGAUCUACGCGUCUACUUCUGAAUUUCGAUUUGGGUUUCCCGGGAGCUGAAAUUCCGUGACUUUUGGGUUUUCUGAUUUAGGGUUUGUUCCUCUUCUCGUUCUUUCUCGGGUUAGUUUUUUUUUUUUUUUUUUGUGAUUUUUGAUGGGUGAGGAAGGUUCAAUGUUUGGUCUGGGAGGUGAAUUUCCGGUUGAUGAUUGUGAUGGUGGUUUUGAGUUUGAAGAUGAUGACGAGACUAUUGACAUCGAAACGCUUUAUCGGAUUCUAGAUGAGAAGCCUGAUUCUGCUGAGGGUAGCCAAGAAAACUUAUCACCAGUUGGUUCAUCUGCUGACGAGCUCAAGGAUUCACAGUUGCUAAAUGGUUCAUUUGAUGAACAUGUGAAAAUGGAAGCCGGGCUGAGUCCUUCACCUGCUCAUACUUGCUCUGCAAGUCUUAAAGAUUGGUUUUCGUUAAGUCAGGGUGAGCAGCCUGUGGAAACAUGUGGAGUAUCUCAAUCUGAGAUGACUAGUUGUAGUAUAUCGUCUAGUUUCUCUGAUCCUGAUGGCAAUAUGAUGGCCUUCAAUCCUGUGAAUUGUGACGUUGACACUGUUUCCAAGCAGGAUGAUAAGAUAAUCGAUUCCAAAUCUAUGUUGACUCCAUAUUUUGACAACGUGACUGGAUACGGAGUGGGGUUGGGAGCCAAUCAUAAUUCGUCUGCCAUGUCUGUUUUUUUUAAUAAUUCCAAUUCCCUCAGUGACAGUGCGGAUAACUAUGUCUCUUCUGCACAAGAUUGCUACAAUACAAGUGGUACAUCCUUGUCAGACCAUACCCCCAAUUCUGUUCAGAAUUUCGCGUUUGAGUUCUUUCCUAAUAAAGAAGAAGCUGUAAAUGAUGUUGAGAGUGGAGUAAGUGAGUCUCAGUCGGAUGGUGCCAGCCGGAUGAUUUUUGAUAGACAUGGAAGAGUGGAUAAUGGAUCUUUAGAAAGGAAACCUCCUAUUGAUUUUUCUAGUGCAAGAGGGAUCAGUUUCAAGUUUGAAAGUAAUCCUUCAGUUUCUCCUGCCUGUGUCAAACCCUACAACAGUUUUGACAGUCAUUUAGCUGAUAGUGACCUUGACCGGCCUAAUAAUUAUUCAUGCAGUUUUCAGGAUAAUAAAACUGUUCAUGUGAAGGUUAAACCAGAGGCUGAAUCAGAGAAAGUUGUCUACAGUUCAGUUCCAGGGGAAUUUAGUGUCAGGGAUGAUGCUUAUCUUUCUGGAGAAACCAAUCGUUGGUGGUCUGGUGCAUCAAGCUCUGCAGUCUCCUAUCAAACAGAUAUUGAAAAAGGAUACUCAUAUAUGGCACCGCAAACAGCUCUACCUAGCCAAGACAGUGGCAAGAUAAGCUCCAAUCAUUUUUACGAUUCAGAUACAUGUUUGCAAUAUGUUGUAGAAGAUCCCAGCCCAGUGACACAAAACAAUGAGUAUAAAGACUUUCAAAUUCAACAAGGAGACCGGGAAUAUAUUCAACCGAGGGGCAUUGAUUCUCAAUUCUCAAAUGCCAGCUUUGAAUCAGUUCAAAGCCAUUCUUCAGAAUGUAUAUCCGAUAGUGAUGAUGAUUCUGACGUCUGCAUAAUAGAACCUUAUGGUCAAUCUGCAAUCCCACAUCGACCUCUAGCUAUGAAAAUGCCGGUAGUUUCUUCAGAAUAUUCUACAGUUAGUCAUAAUUUUAAUCAAUCUGGAGGCCUGAAGCUUCAGUCAAAUAAAGAAAAUAUGAUCUUUCAAGCUGCAUUGCAGGAUCUCACUCAGCCUAAUUCUGAAGCAAUUCUGCCUGAUGGUGUCUUGACAGUCCCGCUUCUGAGACAUCAGCGAAUCGCAUUGUCAUGGAUGGCCCAGAAGGAGACAAGUGGCUUCCCCUGUUCGGGUGGAAUUCUUGCUGAUGAUCAGGGUCUUGGGAAGACAGUUUCCACUAUAGCUCUUAUACUGAAGGAAAGGUCUAAACCUGCCCAAGCAUGUGAAGAAAGUACGAAGAAAGAAAUUUUUGACCUAGAAAGCGAGACUGGAGAAUGUGCGCCUUUAAAACCCAGUGGAAGAAGCAAGCAUUUUGAACACUCUCAAUUGCUUUCCAAUGAAAACAAAGUUGGUGGAGACAGUGUGGGUAAAGUGACGGGAAGGCCAGCUGCUGGAACGCUUGUUGUAUGUCCCACUAGUGUUAUGCGGCAGUGGGCUGAUGAAUUACAUAAGAAGGUGACUAGUGAAGCAAAUCUCUCUGUUCUGGUAUACCAUGGGUCUAGCAGAACAAAGGAUCCUCAUGAGUUGGCUAAAUAUGAUGUUGUUGUUACCACAUUUUCUAUUGUAAGUAUGGAAGUGCCAAAGCAGCCUCUUGUUGAUGAUGAGGAUGAAGAGAAGGAUGGUGUACAUGAUGGUGGAACUGCAGCUACUGGCUUUUGCUCAAACAAGAAAAGGAAAUAUCCUCCCGAUUCUAAAAAGAAGGGUUCAAAGAAGAAGAAAGUUGAGUUUCUGUCUGGCCCUCUUGCGAAAGUUUCAUGGUUUAGAGUUGUUCUAGAUGAGGCACAGAGCAUUAAAAAUUACAAAACCCAAGUUGCAAGAGCAUGCUGGGGCCUUCGUGCUAAACGGAGGUGGUGUUUGUCUGGCACUCCAAUCCAGAAUUCAAUCGAUGACCUUUACAGCUACUUUCGAUUCCUCAAAUAUGAUCCUUACUCUUCCUACGUAUUGUUCUGUAGCACGAUUAAGAACCCUAUAACUAGGAACCCAGUGAAAGGAUAUCAGAAGCUGCAGGCUAUCCUUAAAACAGUGAUGCUUCGCCGAACUAAAGGUUCACUUCUUGAUGGGAAACCCAUAAUCUCUUUACCUCCGAAGUCCAUUGAGUUGAGAAAAGUGGAUUUCACUGUGGAGGAACGUGAUUUCUACUCCAAACUAGAGGCUGAAUCUCGUACUCAAUUCAGGGAAUAUGCAGAAGCUGGAACAGUGAAGCAAAAUUAUGUAAAUAUCUUGUUGAUGCUCUUGCGCCUUCGCCAAGCUUGUGAUCACCCUCUUCUCGUGAAUGGUGAAUACAGUUUUACCUGGGAAUCUUCUGUUGGAUUAGCUAAGAAGCAGAUUCAGUCAGACGCUUCAUUGGCAAUUUGUGGUAUCUGCAAUGAUGCACCUGAAGAUGCUGUUGCUUCAGUUUGCGGUCAUGUUUUCUGUAAACAGUGCAUUUAUGAACGCCUUACUGGUGAUAGUAAUCACUGUCCCUUUGCAAACUGCAAUGUCAGACUCACCAUCUCAUCGUUAUCUUCCAAAACGAGAUUGGACGAUGCUAUGCCUGACAUGCAGGAGCGUGCUACUUCGAAUAGCCUUAGCCCUUGUUCUGAUGAAGAUCUUCCAUAUGGUUCAUCUAAAAUCAAGGCUGCUCUAGAGAUCUUACAAUCACUGCCCAAAGCACAUGAUUUGACAGAUUCAAAUCAGAUCUCUGAAAACAGAGAAUACUCCGGUCUUUCUAUAACUCCUGUGAAGAAUGAGGGUAUGAGCGUUGAUGUUCCGAUUAAGGUAGCUGGAGAAAAAGCCAUUGUUUUUUCCCAAUGGACAAAGAUGCUAAACCUACUUGAAGCUUCUCUUGUAAGUUCACAUAUUCAGUAUAGAAGGCUCGAUGGAACAAUGUCAGUUGCUGCUAGGGAUAAAGCAGUGCAGGAUUUCAACACUCUCCCUGAGGUUACUGUAAUGAUAAUGUCUCUCAAGGCUGCUAGUCUCGGACUGAACAUGGUGGCAGCUUGUCAUGUUCUGAUGCUGGACUUAUGGUGGAACCCAACAACCGAGGAUCAAGCAAUCGAUAGAGCACAUCGUAUAGGACAGACACGACCAGUAACAGUAGUUCGCUUCACAGUAAAAGAUACAGUCGAAGAUCGGAUAUUAGCCCUUCAGCAAAAGAAGAGAAUGAUGGUAGCCUCUGCAUUUGGAGAAGAUGAAAAGGGAAGCCGACAGUCUCACCUCACAGUAGAGGACUUGAGCUAUCUGUUUAUGGCUGAUUCAUGAGAACGAGCUUCGUGCUCUUUUUGACCAAUGCGGGCGGGUACAUAUGAUAGGGUUUUUGUGCAGUUUUAGGAGGAAGAAACUCUUCGUUUAACUGACUACAGGUUUGUGCAAAAAAAAAAAAGAUUAGAAAAGACGAUUAUUGGGUUUGGGGUAUAAAAAUAGAAAGCUGAUCCGAUUUGAUUAUUGGUUACAUUUAGACUUUAGGUAUUGACAGUUAAAUGGAAGAUGACAAUACAUAGGAGUGUAUUUGCUUUUGAAUUUCUCAUUGUAAGAUCACAAUGCGAUUGGUCCAGCGAGUUAUAAUAGCUUACUUUCAAGAUCCUCAAUUUCCUAGUACUUUAAUACAUACAAAACAAAUUCGUAUUGGUAACACAC